UAGUACCAGCAUCAGUACUGUUCACUCAUUACAACCAACAUGAAUUCUCUCAUUGUAAGCGUAGUACUUUUUGCUGUGGCGGUCGUCGCUACCCAUCACCACGAAGAUAAUGGUCCGGCGUACUACAAGUUCGAGUACGGGGUUGAGGAUCCUCACACUGGUGAUAAGAAGUCGCAGCACGAACAUGCCCAUGGAAAGGAAGUCAAUGGAGGGUACACUCUGAAGGAAGCUGACGGUACUACUCGCAUUGUCAAGUACCACGCUGGUCCCCACAGUGGAUUUAACGCCGUUGUGGAAAGAGUAGGGCAUGCCCAACAUCCCGCUCACUAUGGACAUGGGGGACAUGGAGGGCACGGAGGACACGGUGGUACCAGCUUCGUUGGGGUCACUCAUUACGGAUAUGGUCACUAAUUUUCUAAAAUAAAUGUUGUUGUUUAAUUAAACUUGAUUUUUAUUUGCGGGACUAAAAAUAUUUUCGUAGUUGCACUUUUACUCGCCAUCGCCGCCUCUGCUCUCGCCGGUGGCCACCACCACGGUGAAGAAAGCCACGGGCCAGCUCCGUACCACUUCGAGUACGGCGUCCACGACCCCCACACCGGUGACGUAAAGUCGCAGCACGAGCACAGCGAUGGUAAAAAUGUGGUGGGUGGGUACACUUUGAAGGAAGCUGAUGGUACCACCAGAGUGGUCAAGUACCACGCUGAUCCUCAUGGAGGGUUCAACGCGGUGGUGGAGAGAAUCGGACACGCACAGCACCCUGCACAUUAUGGACAUGGGGGACACGGGGGUGCGGGAGGCCAUGGGGGUCAUGGGGGCGCUGGUGGUCAUGGGGGAGCUGGAGGCCACGGAGGACACGGGGGUGCUGGCGGUCAUGGCGGAGCCGGCGGCCACGGUGGUACCAGCUACGUUGGUACUACGCACUUCGGAUAUAAACACUAAGGAAACCAAAGAUGAUUUUGUUGAGUUUUUGUAUUUUUAUCUACUUUAAUAAAGCAUCAAAUAAG